AGAAGCAGAAUCCUUCUUUCCCCUAAACAUUUCUUCAACCAAAGCAAUCCAAUUGACACAACAAAACAAACAACGUCACACACAAAUUAAAAUGAAGAUCAUGAUGAUGUCGAGUAGUGGAAGCUCCAAGAGAAGGCUUUCAUCAUCUCCAAGUAGAGGAUUUGGAGGAGUUCUUAGAGAGCAAAGGGCUAAGCUUUACAUUAUUAGAAGAUGUGUUGUUAUGCUUCUUUGUUGGCAUGAUUAAUUAGAUGGUGUUAUUGAAGAUCAACAAAAUUAACACAAUAGGUUUUUCUUCUUCUUCUUUUUUUUUUCUUUUUUUUUUUUUCCAAAUUAUUGUUUUUAUUUAAUUAUUUUGGAGUGUAAAUAGAGGGUAGCUAGGAAGAGAAAGACGACAUGGAUGGAAGAGUUUUUUUCUUUUUCCACGACAGAUUUUUGGUAGAUUUAAUUUGGCCUUGUUCUGGGUCACAAGAUGUGUAAAAAUAUUAGAGGGAAAAAGGAAACUCUUAAUUAUCAACUUUGGAUCUACUUUUUGAUUU